CCUACCUGUUACAUGCAUGCAUGCGCGGUACACAGUGCGCAAGGAUAUUGCAACUUUAUCGCUAUCUGGAUUGAAAGUGGAGUACAGAAUAUAUAAUGUGCAGAUAUAGUUAAGGGCAAAAUAAAUGUUGCUUUGACAUCGACACAGAACAUAAAUGUUUUGGACACUCCAGAAAAGUGCCUUCGAAGUCUGCGUAUCCAUCCCUGCUGUAUCAUUCCCUGUGGCUGACCUCUCCGCUCCAGCAUGUCUCGAGUGUCCUCCAACCCCAGGUACAGCAACAGCUCCAACCCCCUGGGCCACUACAGCGCUUACGAGCCCACCGUGAGCUACCCCCGACGGGGACCAGAGCUUCUCCAGCUCCCCUCCCCCUCUUCCUCAAGGUACUCCGUCUCCACCUCCAGGAACCUUUGCCUCACCAGCCCCAGCCACAACCACAGACGGCCAGAGAGGGGGAGAGCCCAGCUAGCCCUCCCCAGGAUCGAGGUCCCCCAGGCAGGUCGGCGCAGUGAAAGCUUCAGCCGUGCCCUGGGGGCUACCAGUAAAUGGCGGCCGGUGGGGGAGUGUGUUAACACCAACGGGGGUAGUAGGGGUCUCUCGCCGACUCGUCCGGCGUACCUCACGGUGUCCACCUCGCCCCUGUCCCGCCGGCAUCGCUCGGUCAGCCAGUCGGCCCUCACCCAGGACCUGGCCUCCAUGGGGCUGUCGGACCAGCAGCCCUCCCCUGACAUCAGAGGACGGAGUCCAGCCAGAGCUGACCACUAUAGCUUCCCCUACUGGGUCUCUGAGAACUCCAAGAGUCCUCAAGGCCUGGUGGGACUGAGAAACCUCGGCAACACAUGUUUCAUGAACUCGAUCCUGCAGUGUCUGAGCAACACUCCUGACCUGAGGGACUACUGUCUGAGGAACACGCACCGCACCGACCUCAACAACAACCGCAGGGCCGCUCUCAUGGAGGAGUUUGCCAAACUCACUCAGACCCUAUGGACGUCAGUCAGCAGCGAGGCCAUCAGUCCCUCAGACUUCAAGACCCAGAUCCAGAGAUACGCACCCAAAUUUGUGGGAUACAAUCAGCAGGACGCUCAGGAGUUCCUGCGUUUCCUAUUGGACGGCCUCCACAACGAGGUCAACAGGGUCACAGUGCGGCCCAGGCUCCCGGCCGAGGACAUUGACCACCUUUCUGACAAUGAGAAAGGGAAGAGAAUGUGGAACAAAUACGUAGAGAGAGAGGACAGCAAAGUGGUCGAUCUGUUUGUGGGCCAGCUGAAGAGCUCUCUGACCUGCAGUGAGUGUGGCUACUGCUCCACUGUGUUCGAUCCAUUCUGGGACCUGUCACUACCCAUCGCUAAGAAAGGUUCAGGGGAGGUGAGUCUGACAGACUGCAUGCGAUUCUUCACCAAAGAAGAUGUACUGGAUGGAGAUGAAAAACCGACAUGCUACAGGUGUAAAGCCAGAAGGAAAUGCACUAAAAAGUUUACCAUCCAGAAGUUCCCCCAGAUCCUUGUGCUUCACCUCAAGCGCUUCUCAGAGAACCGUGUCCGAACCAGUAAACUCAACACCUAUGUCAACUUCCCCCUCAAAGAGCUGGACAUGAGGGAAUUUGCCUCCGAGAACAGCAUGAAUGCAGUGUAUAAUCUCUAUGCGGUGUCCAACCACUCUGGGAACACGCUGGGUGGCCACUACACAGCUUACUGUAGGAACCCAGUCCUGGGGGAGUGGUACAGCUACAAUGACUCCAGGGUGAGCCCCAUGUCGUCCAGCCAGGUCCGCAGCAGUGACGCCUACGUGCUCUUCUACGAGCUGGCCUCCUCCUCUCAUUCACGCCUGUGAAGCUACAUAUCAUGGACAUAUAGGCUACAUAAAGCCUGGCAGCCUGGUCAUAUGGACUACACAGCACCUGGAUACUAUGGAAUGAGCCUAAUAGGCCUGUGUCUGGUCUGAUAGUUGAUUUCUGAGCCUUGCUCUGUAUAUAUGUAUACAGUAGCCUUUGGCACUAUGGAUUUAGCUACAGCACAUAGGCUGCACUGUACUGCCAGGAUACGGAUAUUGAGUUGAGGUUCAACCAUAGCAGUUCUUCCGGGGACGUUGGGAAGAACAUAGGGACAAUGGAAAGACCCCUCCCAGCUAAAAUAAAAUAUCCCCUGAAUAUCACACAUGAACGUGUGAGCGAGCAGGAUAGAGGGUGUGUGUGUGCGUAGUCGCCAUGCCGACGGUGAAGAUGUCUCUUUAUGCACUACAACGAGGACUCUAUGACCCUAAGCCGGAGUUUCGUCAUUCACUUCAAGGUCACCACUGAGACAUGAAAGACUUUAUCACAUGACCUUCCGUUCUGUAAAUUAUUCUAUUUAAACAAUUGUCACCAUAUUUGUGACUUUAGAGAUUGAUGGAUGACUCUCUAGCACCAUCUGUAGCUCAGUUGGGAGAGCAUGGCGCUUGCAACGCCAGGGUUGUGGGUUCGAUUCCCACGGGGGGCCAGUAUG